AAUUGUAUGGUGGAUUCCCCAACAGUGAGUAUUUACUGAAGUGUAUUCACAUUUAUCAAAUCAAGCUUUAAGUCAGGAUUUGCUAUGCAUGGGUGCUAUUGUAUACCUAAAUUCAUAAAUAUUGGGCAUUCCUGCACAUCUUGGUGCAUAUUUUCAUUUUUGCAGUUUGUUUCUCUGUAUUUUGUAACUUAUCUAUUAAUUCCUAUAAUCCGGUUGGGUGACAGUGGCACCUUUGAAUAUGAAAAGAAGAAAAACAUAGAGCUAGUGGAUUACAUGAAAGCAAAAGAGAAGAAUCUAAUAGCAAUGGCAAGAGAAGUAGAAAUGUUACGAGCUGAGAUUUUGAAUGCCGAGAAAAGAGUACAUGCACCUGAUCUGUUUAGGGCUUCCACCCCUGGACAAAGCAGUGGUCCAUUUGUUGAUGCUUAUGGGAGAACUCAUAGUCAGAUGGCUUCUGGCCAAGGAGCAGAGGGUGUGGUACCAAUUGGUGAUAGCAAUGGAGUAGCAGCUGUCAAUAGUUCUGGUGUUAGUGGUGGUCUUUGGUCAAGUCCAUAUGAUCCCUCAGUUGGUCGGAGGUGAAACGGUUUUCUUUCUGUUAAAUCAAAUGCAGCUUGAAUUGAGCUUUUGAUUGUAAAGUACAUGGGAACUGGUGGCUUUUUUCUAUGUAAAAUCUGACAGAUUGGGUGGUUUUA